AUGCAUCCUGUUUCGCUGUUUAUCAGCAGGACAAGGGGGCCUGACUCUGAUCUUAAUCUUCUGAAACUUCAACUGUACAAGCAGAGUCCUCGAUCCCUUGCUUUCGGUUACCAUGAUUUUCCAAAUUCCAUCACUGGUCUAAAGUGCUAAUAAUGAGUUUUAGCAAUGGCAGAUUUGAGAAAUUUAUAAUGGUCAAAUGUCAAUUAGCUAUUGGCAAUCAGUUGUUUAUAAAUUACAAUUGUAACUGAUUGCGGAUGGGGAGUUUGCCGUUUAUGUGGACCCAUUGGCCCGUUGGGUUUCCAAAAGCCUUUAGUUUAAUCAACCGUGAAGCCGCACGAAUAAAACUACAGAGACAUACAACACGUGGAGAGAAGUCGGCCUGAUCAAAUUUCUAUUGCUUUCUAAAAUUUCCCUCGCAAAGAAAAUAAUUUUGUUACGCUUGUAGUUUGACCCGUCCGCUAUUUGCGACCCAAAUCAAAAACGCUCCCUGGACCCACCACUUCAAAAUAUCAGAACAAAAAAAUUAAAAUUAAAAAUUAAAAAACGGAUUCACAAAGCCAACUUUUCCUGUUCCUUCCUGCCCCAGAGUUGCAGUCUUUCACGCAGGGUAUUUCUCUACCUUUCAGCGUUUCUUUCUUCUAAUUGCACAUUCACAGCACCUGUUCGACUAUAUUACUCAGAGUUCCGAUUAACAGACUAACUUAGCUUUUGUAAUCAUAACAAACGAGAGAAAGUGAUCUACUUAUAAAACAUGGAUUCACUGGCAUCUGUUUCUCCUUCUAUGAUUCUCCCGCCCAGUAAUCCUCUUCAUCUACAUCAUCGUCGUUUAUUUUUUCCUUCCUCUUCUUUCUUUCCUCACAAGUAUCCUCUUCGUUCAUCUUUUUCAAGAAGGAGAUGGAGAAAUGUUUCGUGUAAAUUAAGUAAUUACAACGAACCUAGAAAUGAUGGUGGUGAUGAUGCUGGUGAUGAAAGAGAAGAAAUCGAAAGGGCGCUUCAUCUAGACGGCACAAUUCCAGGGACAUCUGAUGAGUUUGUGAAGCAAGUGUCUUCUCGUGCUUAUGACAUGCGUAGGCAUCUUCAACAAUCUUUUGAUAGCAGCAGUUAUGAUGUAUUGGAGACUAAUCCAUGGAGAGAACCCUCAAAGCCUGUCUAUGUCCUAACCCACAGAGAAAACCAGCUCUGCACUAUGAGAACUCGAAGAAAUCGCAGCGAAGUUGAGAGAGAGCUUGGGAUUUUAUUUUCCAAAGGAGGAAAGUGGAGGGCAAACCAGUCUAAACAGUCUAGACCAGAGACUAAUAAGUUCCAGAUGCUUGUAGAGGAUAUCAGAGAGGGUGUGCUUGUAUUUGAAGACGAGAACGAAGCUGUAAAAUAUUGUAAUUUACUGCAAGGAGGAGGUAAAGGUUGUGAAGGCGUUGCAGAAAUUGAAGCCUCAUCAGUAUUUGAUCUUUGCCGUAAAAUGAGGGCUCUUGCUGUCCUAUUCAGAAGAGGAAGAACACCUCCUCUACCACAAAGUCUGGAGCUUAACUUGAGAGCCCGGAAGCGCUCCCUUGAAGACCAAGAGGACUUGAUAUGAAUAUGAAGUGAUGGAGCAAGAAUACAUUGAGAUGUCACACUGCUGAAACUGAAAAGUAUUAGGUAAAUACUGUAAUUAAAAAUGAUGUUGUAUGAUAUGAAGUAAAAUAGCUUGAUUCUACACAUUCGUGUAACAUUCAAAUUAGUCAUAAUGUUUCUGGCACUCGUAGAAAGGCUGCAUCUGAAUUUAUGCUUGUACUGCAAUCUACGUGUUGUAUGGAAUCAUUACUCUGUCGUUCUCGCUCCAGGCAACAAGUAGCCUUAGUUCAAUACACUUAAAAAGCAUCGAGAUGUCGGUUGUGGAAUUGUGAUA